AUGGCGGCGGAUUCGGCGGCGGGAAAUGCGGGGGACGCGCAGGCGGAGCUUCCCGUUAUCUUCGUGUCGCAUGGUUCGCCGAUGUCGGCGGUGGAGGAAGACGAGACGUCAGCCUUCUGGCAGCGACUCGGGAAACAGGUCGCCUCCUUACCAGGCAUCAAGGCCAUCCUCGUUAUAAGCGCGCACUGGGAAGCGGACGGGGCGGCAAUUCGAGUGAACAGUGCCACCCAGCCCGCCACUAUUCACGACUUCUACGGGUUUCCCAAGGAGCUGUACGAGCUACAGUAUCCUGUCAAGGGAUCACCGGAGCUGGCACAGCGUGUAGUUGAGCUCCUCUCGGCUAAUCACAUCGAAGCUGAGCUGGACCCGUCCCACGGCCUCGACCACGGCGCGUGGGUCCCGCUGCGCUGGAUGCUGCCACGUGGCAGCCUCCCAGUGGUCCAGAUGUCGUUGCACGGCGGCAGCAGCCGGCAAGUGGGGAACGCUAUAACGAGUAUGCAGCGGCACGUGGAGCUGGGUCAGGCUUUAAGGCCGCUCAGGAAGGAGGGUGUGCUGGUGCUGGCGAGUGGUGGUGCUGUGCAUAACUUAAGAGAAGUCGGAUCGUACUUUGGGACGAAGAAGGUGGCAUCCUACGUGGCACCCUUUGAUUCGCUGCUGGACGAGGCAAUCACCAAGGGCCAGUCGGAUAAAGACAUGCUCACCCGCCUCCUGGCGCUCUCCUCUCACCCGCUCCUUCCCAAGGCCCAUCCCACCAUCGAGCACCUUCUCCCUCUCUACGUUGCUGCGGGUGCUGCCACUGCCAAUACUGCACCUUCUAACGAGGAUGGAAACGCCUCUGGAGGAUGCGGAUCUCAGCCGUCCGUUGCCCCACAGAAGCUCUUCGAGAUGCACAUCUGGACUCUCAGCAACGCGGCCUUCAGCUUUGGAGAUAUGCCUAAGGAGAAAGCAGCAGCUUAG